UAUGAACUGAGACCGAACUUCACCUGCAGGACUUUUUGCGUCUCGUUCUGGGGAUUAAAAAAUAUCAAUUAAUUCACUCGGAUUAAAAUUAUUUUCUCUUCAUUAACUGUAAUGACGCCGUAGUGUCGCGUCAUGACGCUCUCCAAUUAAACCUGGCUGUUGUAAAUGGAUCCGCUGGUUUAGCACGAGCAUGGCGAAAUGAAGUGCAAAAGUCAACUGAAGUGAAGUGGACAGAGGAGUGUCACUCAUCCGACUGUUAACCUGACCAGCUAACCAGACACCAUGGCUGGAGACGACCACUACCUGCAUACUUCCAGCCAGAUUUUCGACAUGAUCGAUCCAGCGUGGGAGUUUACACAUUUCCCGGCGAUGUCUCAGACCGCGUCCCUACGGACAGAUCAUGAACUACCAGGGUCCGGCCCGGGUGGUGGUCCAGCUGGUGACGGCGCUGACCCCCCACCCUCAGCUCCACGCUCACAGUCUGGUGGGAAAACAGUGCGACAAAGGCGUCUGCGUCACGGACCUGCAGCCCAAAGACUCCAACAUCAGCUUUCCGAACCUGGGCAUCCUCCACGUGACCAAGAAGAACGUGGCCAAGACGCUGGACGAGAGGAUGGCCGAGGCCUUCAGGCUCGGAUACAACUGUGGCGUCUCCAUCCACCCCGAGAUAGACGCCCUGCAGGGGGAGGUCAGGGUCCCCCGAGAGCUCACCGAACACCAGCGCAGUGUGAUCAGCAGCGCGGCCGCCCAGCAGGCUAAAGAAAUGGACCUCAGCGUGGUCCGGCUCAUGUUCACAGCGUUCCUCCCCGACAGCGACGGAGGUUUCUCCAGACGACUCGAGCCAGUCGUGUCUGAACCCAUCUACGACAGCAAGGCUCCGAACGCCUCCAACCUGAAGAUCGUGAGGAUGGAUCGCACCGCUGGCUGCGUGAGCGGAGGAGAGGAGGUCUACCUGCUCUGUGACAAAGUCCAGAAAGAUGACAUCCAGGUUCGGUUCUAUGAAGAAGAUGACUCGGGGUUGACCUGGGAGGCUCUGGGAGAUUUCUCCCCCACAGACGUCCACAGACAGUUCGCCAUCGUGUUCAAGACUCCGAAGUACCGAGACCAGAACCUGCAGAAGCCGACGUCCGUGUUGGUCCAGCUGAAGAGGAAGUCUGACAACGAGACCAGCGAGCCCAAACCCUUCACCUACCACCCUCAGAUCAUCGACAAGGAGGAGGUGCAGAGGAAGAGACAGAAGACGUUGCCGAACUUCCAGGACUUCAGUGGUCACGGAGGAGGUGGAGGUGUGUACCGUGGAGGAGGAGGAGCAGGAGGAGGAGGCCCAGCUGCAGGAGGAGGAGGACCCGGCUCUGCAGGAGGAGGAGGUUACUUCCAGGGCUUCAGUACCUACAACUAUGGAGGAGGAGUAGGAGGAGGUGGAGGUUUCUCUACAGGAUACUCAGCUGGUCUGGGAGGAGGAGGAGGAGGAGGAGGAGGAGGAGGAGGCGGCAUCAAACACGGGGGGGAGACGACUGAGGAUGGAGGGGUCUGUGUGGACGAGCCAGAAGCACACGGAGAUGAGCGGUUGGUUGAGGCGACCAGCAGACAGUUGGAGGCUCUGUUCCAGUACUCGGUCACCGGAGACUCGGCGUACCUGCUGGCUGCACAGCGCCCCCUGAUGGCCGCGCAGGACGAGGACGGAGACACUGGGCUCCAUCUGGCGGUCCUCCACAGCCAGCAGGAGGCGCUGAAGAGUCUGACUCAGGUGGUCUCUGCUCUGCCUGGAGAGGAGGUGCUCAACAUGAGGAACCACCUCUACCAGACUCCUUUGCACCUUGCUGUGAUCACCCAGCAGAGGGAGGCGUUGGAAGCGCUGCUGUUGGCCGGCGCCGACCCAACUCUGACGGAUCGUCAUGGCAACACGGCGCUCCACCUGGCGUCCCAGCUGGAAGCAGGAGGAGGGAUGGUCCGGGUUUUACUGCAGCACAGAGGGACGAGAGAGCUGCUGGACCACACCAACACAGCCGUCAGCUGGGUGGUCCUGAUCGGGGCUGGGGCCUUCCUGGGCCGCCCGCCAGGCCGGUCGCCGUCCUUCCGGCUGCCUCUUUCUCGGGUCCUGGACUCCGGGGUCCUUCGUUCCGGUGUUGGAUGUGGUCCGUGUGUCGGUGUUCCAUUUCCGUCCUCCGUUCCUUCCUUCUGUGUGUCCGUGUGUCCAUCUCCGGUGUGCUGGUCCAUGCCUUCCUGGCUGGUUCCUGUGUUUUUCCAUGUGUUGGAGCUUCUGAAUGGUAAAGAGUAUGAACCAAAAUCUCCUCAUAAAGCCUUCACCCCUCCUCAAGGAUUGGAUAAUGGAUGUAUUUGUCCUGUGCAGGUUUCCGGUGGGACGGUUCGGGAUCUGUUGGCUGGUCUGAAGUCGGUCGGUGAGUGCAGAGCGCUGAGCGUCCUGGAGGAGGCGCUGUGUCACCACGGCGACGACGAAACGCAGAUGACCGAGGAGACGAGCGGUCAAUCUCCGGUUCAGGAUCUGAAGGCGGACGUUCGGCUCGACAGCGGGGUCUGUGACAGCGGCGUGGAGCUGUCCACAGCGUGAACGCCUCAUUGGCUCGUCUCCACUUGGGUUUGACAACAACAACAACAAACAAACACAAUCCAUC